UAUGUGUGUGCAUAUGGCAUUGAAGUUGGGCAUUUGAAGUUGGGAUAUAGGUUGAAGACAAGGUAUCAAUUAAGAUGGUGAGGACUCCUUGUUGUGAGAGUAUGGGACUGAAGAAGGGGUCAUGGACUCCUGAGGAAGAUCAGAUCUUAGUUUCUCACAUUCAGCGCCAUGGCCACGACAACUGGCGGGCUCUCCCCAAAGAAGCCGGGUUAAUGAGAUGUGGAAAAAGCUGCAGGCUUCGAUGGACGAACUACUUGCGCCCAGAUAUCAAGCGAGGAAACUUCAGCAAGGAAGAAGAAGAAACCAUCAUCAAGCUCCAUCAACUUCUUGGAAACAGGUGGUCUGCCAUAGCAGCUAGACUACCAGGAAGAACAGACAAUGAGAUAAAAAAUUUCUGGCAUUCCCAUCUCAAGAAGAGACUGAAACACAAGUUGGCCACCCUAGACACAAUUCCCAAAUGCAAAAUGGGGGAUGCAAGAAGAUCAAAGACUGCAAAUAUGCCGAUGGACCCGAGAAUUGAAAGUCCAGGCCAUGCACCAAUCUUGCCAACCCAGCUCCUGUCAGCUACCACAGCUGGUUCGGCAUUGGAAGCUGAUAGUAUUAAUGGUUCCAGUGCAAAUAGCUGCAAUGUGAAUGAUGAUUUGGUUUUUUGGUACAACCUCUUCAUUAGAAGCGAGAGAGAAACUACCUAGUCUACUGCUUGCAAAAUCUACAUUAUAUUUUCUUACUGCACUCAGUUUCCACAGUUAGAACAGAAAUGCAAGGAGAAGUUGGUUGAGAAAGGACCAUCUGUAUGUAUUAUUGUAGAAUUUGUGUCAAUUGCAGCUGAAUGAUUUUAAUGUAAACAAUGCUGCUCGACAAAAAGGACAAAAUAUUGUUUUAUUAUUAUUAUUA